AUGAGUUCCUCAACCUCAAGAACCUCAAGAACCUCAGGCUCUACCGAUGCCAGCAUUCAGAGUCUCGAUGCGCCCUCCCUAGAGACACAGAAAAUGUUCACCGUAUCACGAAUGAGGAAACGCUGGGAGAAAACCCAGAAGAAAUGGGGACCUCUUAUGUUUGCCAAGGAAAAUUGGGAAGACGAAUACAACUUCCAACCGGGUCGAUAUGCCGGCCAACCUAGUGCGAGGGCAGUGGAGAAAUAG